UUCUGAUGAACCCCAUGGAGGAUCCAGAUAAUAUCCUGCGUGCUAACCGUUCCCGGGAGAAGACCUAUAUGUUCGACGUUGCAUUUGACUGCUCAGCCAACCAGGAAGAGGUGUACAGAGCCACGACCAAGGGCCUGAUCGAAGGCCUCAUAUCCGGCUACAACGCCACUGUUUUUGCCUACGGACCCACUGGUUGUGGGAAGACCUUCACUAUGUUAGGGACGGACAGAGAACCGGGGAUCUACGUACACACUCUAAAUGACCUGUUCAAAGCCAUUGAGGAGACCAGCGAUGACAUGCAGUACAACAUCUUCAUGUCAUACCUGGAGAUCUACAACGAGAUGAUCCGGGACCUUCUCAACCCAUCCUCUGGGUUCCUGGACCUGAGAGAGGAUUCUAAAGGAGAGAUCCAGGUGGCUGGCAUCACAGAGGUCUGCACUAUCAACGCCCGAGAGAUCAUGGAUCUGCUGAUGAAGGGUAAUAAGCAGCGUACCCAGGAGCCCACGGCAGCCAACCAGACUUCGUCCCGGUCCCAUGCCGUGCUGCAGGUGUCGGUCAGGCAGACGAGCCGCUGUCGAGACCUUCUACAGGAAGUCCGCUUCGCACGCCUCUUCAUGAUCGACCUUGCCGGCUCAGAACGAGCCUCACAGACACAGAACAGAGGUCAGAGGUUAAAAGAAGGGGCCCACAUCAACCGCUCCCUCCUGGCUCUGGGUAACUGCAUCAACGCCCUGAGUGAGAAACAUGGGAACAAAUAUGUCAACUACAGGGACAGCAAGCUGACGCGCUUGCUGAAGGACUCGUUGGGAGGCAACAGUCGCACAGUGAUGAUAGCCCACAUUAGCCCCGCCUCCCUGGCCUUCGAGGAGUCUCGCAACACGCUGAGCUACGCUGACCGUGCCAAAAGUAUCCGCACACGGAAGGACUGUGACCCGACCUGGGGAAUCCUCACCAAGAAGGACUGUGACCCGACCUGGGGAACCCUCACGAAGAAGGACACCCGACCUGGGAUCCCUCACCAAGAAGGACUGACUGUGUCCCGACCUGGGGAAUCCUCACCAAGAAGGACAGACCCGACCUGGGGAACCCUCCUCACCAAGAAGGACUGUGACCCGACCUGGGGAACCCUCACCAAGAAGGACUGUGACCCGACCUGGAGAACCCUCAAGAAGGACUGUGACCCGACCUGGGAACCCUCACCAAGAAUGUGA